AUGUAUGGACACAAUAUUCAUGAUUUUCUCUCGGCCAUGAUGUAUGUACCAGAAGAUCUGAUGAAACGAGGUAUUACAGUUGUUAGGACCAAAUGUUGUGCCAAGAUAAUGAAGGAAAUGAUGAAAUUCCUUGGAUUAAAUAUAAAAUUUGUCGAAUUGAAAUACGCUGAGCAAAUAUUUGUGAAGAAAUUAUGGAUAGUUCAUACAAUGGAGCUCGCUCAUGGCUAUGCGAGUGGUGGACUCACUAGACUUCGAAAAUUAAUAAUGCAAAAGGUUGAUUUCAACAAAGUUAAGCCUACAAGGUUUGUUGUUGCAGAUAGACCUCCAAAAUCCGGCCGAAAUUUUGAAGAUCCGGAUCUUAUAGUCGAAUAUCUUAAUAAUUUUACAAAAAUUGACGAAGGAUGCCACUGGAUACGCGAUGAUAAGUUUUUCCAUGGCCAUAUAACUGAUAUCGUCAAAUAUUGGCAGAGUAUUAGAGUAAUUGUUACUCUCCAAGGUUCUGGCAUUUACAAUGCUAUUUUUAUGCAUGAAAAAUGCGGAAUAAGUAUCCUUUGUUCACAAAAUCUUGAUGAACCAAACUUGAUGCUUUGUGCACAUCUCCAUAUUUUCUUGAUUGAAGUUGUCCAUCCAGAUAGAGAUUUCAGGACAAAUAAAAGACAAUUCAUCAACUACACUGCGAUGAUGAAAUACACCCAAAGAGUUGUUGAUGCUGUAAAUGCAGGACAUUGGACAAGUAUGGAAGGAAUUCAGGUUUCGUUGGAACCUUCUUAUCCUGCAACAAACGCAGAAGAAUUUGUUAGAAAUUAUAAUUAUGUAUCAUGA